AUGAGCCUCGUUCUAUCCCCGUCAAAGCUGGUGCUUUUGGCGGUUCACCUAGCUAUCCAUGCCGACGUUGACAGCUUGGCCUUUCUCACCUCCCGACACGCCGCGGUGUUGCGCAAGGAGCUCAUACUGCGAAUACUUCUGACUUACCUUCCCGAGACGGUCCAAUCCAGCGACUAUGUAUCCUUUCUAGAAGAACUCGCGAACGGCGAGUUCGCUGACCGUGAAGUUGGUAACAUCGACUACGCCAUCGUAGAGAACCUUUCAGAUGAGGAUGCUGCGAAGAAAGUUCGGAGGCUCCACUUGUUGCCUCUUGUAUGGAAGGAUGCACCAGUUGAUACAGACGACGACUCGGUGGCUCUUUUUCUGCUCUGUCGUGCUCACCGUGUUGACGAACAAGCUGGGCUGCUCACUCAACUGCCCGAGUUGCUCGGUCCUUUUCUACAAUACGCUCCUGGGAUCCGCAUCUGGAUGGUCUCGACCCUGCUGCCGUUAUUGCGGAGGAAUUACGAGUACUACCCGGCGGACAGCAUACCGUACACCCUGGCCGAGUUCCAAAAUCUCACUGAUGGGGCCGCCGUCGGUGCUCUUCUUUCCCAGACGGGGGUACGGCAGGAGGACUAUGGUUUCAUCGGGAGAGAUCUGAGAGGAAUGCUCGUGCCUUGGCUGCACGACAACGCCCGGUGGAAACGGAGCGAGGAAGGUGACUCUUCCGUGGAGACUGUGUCUAGCCCGGGAUGGGAGCGUUUUCUCGAAUGGCUCCUGGCGCAGAGCUCCAACUCCUGGAGAGUGGCUGUCGCUGCAGUGGAGCAGUGGGGAGGUGCCGUUGAUGUCGAUCUCGGGGACUAUGAUGUUGUUUGGAUCAGUGAACAGCAACAACAAUAUCUAGACCAGCGGUAUGCUCGGGCGAUCAUGGCUGGUGCAUAUCUGGUCCCCGAGGCCACGAUUGAAGCGCUCGAGGGCGCUCACCAGAUGUUGAGAAAGGUCAUGGACUUGUUAGGUCAGGAUGACAUGUUGUCCUUGCGCGAGGGAGCAGAUACUUUGUCUGCUGUUGCUCACUUGGAGGGUGAUGGGAUUCUGUCUCACAAGAAUACGGCGUUCAUGCGAGACGAUCUACUCAAGCAGUCAAACCCUCUCACUACUCCUUCAAAGAAGUCAACUCAUCUGCUUCACGCUCUAAUACUCAGCGCGUUCGUCCUAACCCGGGCCGGACUACCUUGUACAAUCAAGAGGGUCGGGGAUUUGGCGUUCAUUCAGGACGAACGAGAUCAGAAGGCUGAAGUUGUUAAACUGAUUCACGCUAUCGCGGAAAGGGCUCCCAAAAAUGGCGAGAACUUCUGGAUCAAGGCACGAGACGAAAUACUCUGGCUCCGGAAUUGGGGCAUCACCUCCUUGCCGAACGGCCAGGUGAUGGGAGUAUUUGCUAAGGUUAAGCCGGAGGUCAUUGAAACCGAAAUCUUGAAGUCACUACUGUCUAGUGCGUGGUAUUCACUCGCAAAGUCUCUAUACGAAGAUGCUGGCGUGAAGCCGCUGUCGGCACAAAUCGUUCAAGAGAUUAUCGUUGCUGCUGCUCUCAACGCAUACGACAACGCAUCUAAUCCGAAUCGCACCAGGGGCGGCCUCAAGAAGUGCGACGAUAUUAUCAACGCCUUCCCUGAAACCAUCACCAGCUCACUUCCCGAGCGACGCCGAAUUGACGCUUUGCUUAAGGCAACGCACGCCCUAAGCGAUUACCGACUGGUGCUGAGGCAAGGCGAGCCCUUCAGUCCAGUCGUUCUGCGCGUCCACUCAGACCCCGUCUCCAUCAUCGGCAAGGUCCUGGAACAGAACCCCAAGAGCUACACACGCAUUCAUGACCUUUCGGAAGUAGGUUCCAACAUGGUCCGUGCAGGACUUCUGGAUCGAAACAAAGGGGCAGUCGCCGCCCAGGUUAUGGAAGACGAAGAGGCCUACGUUGGUACCGCCGAGAAGCGCAUCACGGCCAUGUGCAUAGAGGCGGCCCUUAAGGAGGACGACUUCGAGACCGCCUACUCGUACGUUGUCAAUCGGCUCAGCGGGCAGGUCGAUCAUUCAAGUACAGCUUCUACGGUGAAGAUCGACGACGAUUGGUCAUGGAGGGCCGCGCUGCAGGCGGGACAAUAUAUAAGAACGGCACGAACGGUGCGCCCGACACACUUGGGUAACGCCAGCGGGAACCCCGAUAUUCGGCACCUGGAACAGCGCAUUGACUGUCUCGCCACGGCCUUGCGUAUUGCUCCGCCGUCACAGUUGCAGGAGAUCCUUAAGACGUUCCGGCGGUGCGAAGAGCAGCUCGACUCGGCGCUCAAGGAAGAGGCUGCUCAGGAAGCUGACCUCGACGCCGUCGCUGCCAACCUCCACUCGGGUAUGCCCGGUGGCUUUGACGCGGCCCCCACGACAGCCCGACCUCAAAAGCCAUUGGAUCCUCGGCAGACCCGUUCGUCAGCGGGCACGAGCAAGGCCGGCGACGACGCGCCGAUGUCGUUGUUCGACUUGUCCCGCGCCACGGCCCGCGCGGCCUCACGUAACUUUGCGGCUCUUUCCUCGCUGCAGCAGUCUGCCGGCGGUAAGGCUCCAGCUCCCGCUCCCGCUUCGGCGGCGUCAUUGGCUGGCAGCGAUGGGGAUCUUCACGACGACCAUCCUAGAGCAAGGAAGCGUGACCAGCUUCGUGAGGCUGCAAUGGGAACAUUGACAUCGGGCGUGGGCUGGCUGAUUGGUGCGCCUGCGUCUAAUUCGCAGCAGGCGUCCAGAGAUGACUGA